GAGGCGUGCAUGGCGUGUGUGGCGCUGUGGCGGCAUGCGUGGUGGCAGGGCGUCGGCAUGCGUGGCAUGCGUUGUGCUUGCGGGUGUAAUGUGCGUCACGGCACUGGCGUGUAUGGUGUGCAUGGUGUCGCGGCGCCAGCGUGCGUGGCGUGCGUCGUGGUGCUUGCGUGCGUGGCAUGCGUUGCCGUGCCGGUGUGCCAGGGUCUUGCAGUGCACUCAGCGGUCAGCAGGGGGCAUGCCGCCACUACACCGCGAGUAAGAGGGUCAAGCAGCACAGGCACCACACCGGGAGCAAGAGGACGCUGCAUUGCUCUGGUUGCCAGUAGGGGUCGUGUUGCCACUACACUGUGAGCAAGAGCGCCCUGCAGUGCCCCAGCCGCCAGCAGGUGAUACCCAUCCCCGCAGUGUAAGAGGGCCCUGCAGUGACCCUAGCCACCAGCAGAGGGCGCCCGAGUCCGCCUUUUCAGAUGGCGCCGCAGCGGCGUGCGUGACGUGCGUGGCGGCCCGGCGCUGGAGUGCGUGGCGUGAGUUGUGGCGCUUGUGGGCAUGGCGUGCGUUGUGUCCAGGCGCCGGCGUGCGUGGCGUGCAUGGCUUGCGUGCCUGGCGUGCGUCCAUACGCCGGCGUGCAUGGCGUGCGUGGCUUGCGUGCGUCCAGACGCCGGCGUGCAUGGCGUGCGUGGCUUGCGUGCGUCCAGACGCCGGCGUGCGUGGCGUGCGUCGUGGCGCUUCCGUGCGUGGCGUGCGUCGCGGUGCCGGUGUGCGUGGCGUGCAUGGCGUCGCGGCAUUGGCGUGCCAGGGUCUUGCAGUGCUUCAAGCGGCCAGCAGGCGGCGUGCCGCCACUACACUGUGAGCAAGAGCGCCCUGCAGUGCGCCAGCCGCCAGCAGGUGAUACCCAUCCCCGCAGUGUAAGAGGGCCCUGCAGUGACCCUAGCCACCAGCAGAGGGCGCCUGAGUCCGCCUCUUCAGAUGGCGCCGCGGCGGCGUGCGUGACGUGCGUGGCGGCCCGGCGCUGGAGUGCGUGGCGUGAAUUGUGGCGCUUGUGGGCAGGGCGUGCGUGGUGUCCAGGCGCCGGCGUGCGUGGCGUGCAGGGCUUGCGUGCGUGGCGUGCGCCCAGACGCCGGCGUGCAUGGCGUGCGUGGCUUGCGUGCGUGGCGUGCGUCCAGACGCCGGCGUGCGUGGCGUGCGCCGUGGCGCUUCCGUGCGUGGCGUGCGUCGCGGUGCCGGUGUGCGUGGCGUCGCGGCAUUGGCGUGCCAGGGUCUUGCAGUGCCCCAGGCGGCCAGCAGGCGGCGUGCCGCCACUACACUGUGAGCAAGAGCGUCCUGCAGUGCCGCAGCCGCCAGCAGGUGAUACCCAUCAAGGCAGUGUAAGAGGGCCCUUCAGUGGCCCUAGCCGCCAGCAGGGGGCGCCCGAGCCCUCCUUUUCAAAUGGUGUCGUGGCGCCGGCGUGCGUGUCUUGCGGGUGUGCGUGGCGUCGCGGCGCCCCCCCCAGCGUGCUGAGUUGUGUUCUCCUUAGUGCACACCUGGGGGACACCGCGAGUGCGGAGCUGCGUUUUCCUCUGCACGGACCUACGCGGCACAGCCUCGCUUUGGGACUACUGUGGGCCGCGUCCACGGUAAUUCAGGACAGCCGGGCAGGGUGGACAUCCACCGAGAAACUGAGCAAGUGUCUGUGCUGAGCUCUGGCACCACCAGAGGGCGCACGAACCCACCCCGACCAACUUCCCUCUGAGGAGCCAGAAGCAGUGAGGAGCUUCCACCUCCUCAGGGCAGCACGAGGGUCGUGUCAAAAACACAUGGGCUAGUGGGCUCCAUGCCAGUUUGCAUUUGCAGAACGAUGGCCCUGAACACUUCUCCCUCAUUCCCACCGCCAGCACCUGCGCGAGGGCCCUGCAGUGCCCCCGGCUGCCAGCAGAGGGUGUGCGAGCCCUGCUUUUCUAAUCCCGGAGGCCACAGCGUCCUGCCCAUUUCCUCCGCACAGGCCCCUGCGGGUUCUCCUCAGCACAGACCAGGGGACACCCCUCACUUGGGGACACCUCGAACCCGCGUCCACAUAGAGAUGGAGUUUCACGAUGUUAGCCAGGCUGGUCUCAAACUCCUGACCUCAUGAUCCACCUGCUUUGGCCUCCCAAAGUGCUAGGAUUGCAGGCAUGAGCCACCACGCCCUGCAGCUGCAUGCUUCUUAUGAAAAUCUAAUGCCUGAUGAUCUAUCACAAUCUCCCAUUGCCCCCAGAGGGACCAUCUAGUUUCAGCAAAACUAGCUCAGGCUCUCACUGAUUCUGCAUUAUGGUGAGCUGUGGCAUGAAUCUCUCGGGCGAGAAGCAGCGGAGCCUCUCCCAGGCUAUGUACAGGAAGGCAGCUGUGUACCUGCUCGAUGACCCCCUGGUGGCUGUGGACGCCCACAUCAGGCAGGAUGGAAUGCAGUGGUGCAAUUUGAGCUGACUGCAACCUCUGCCUCCCAGUUUCAAGUGAUUCUUGUGCCUCAGUUUCCCAAGUAGCUGUGACUACAGGCACAGAUUCUCAUGACCCACACACUCCACAUCCUGCCCUAGGCUGAUUGGAUCGUGGUGCUGGCAGAUGGGGCCAUUGUAGAGAUGGGAUCCUACCAGGAGCUUCUGCACAAGAAGGGGGCCCUCAUGAGUCUUCUGGAUCAAGCCAGACAGCCAGGAGAGGAGAAGGAG